AUGUUCUGCCUCCAAAUGGAUCUUGGUAUCCACUGCCCAGAUAACCACAAUCGUAACAAUAUAUGUGGAAAUUUUCCAUUGCAACGCAUUAAAUCUUUGUCUUUUUUCAUCUUCUUGCAGGCAGUUAUCAAUUAUGGUGCGUCUUGGUGCCGUGUGUGUAGCCAAAUCCUUCCUGCAUUCUGUCAUCUGAGUAAUAGUUUCGCCAAGCUCUCUUUCAUCUAUGCGGACAUUGAUGAAUGCCCCGAAACAACCCAGCAUAUUCGCUACACGACCACCUUCCAUUUCUACCGGGAUGGCAAAGGGGUUGAUGAGAUGUUUGGUGCUGGAGAAGAGCGGUUGCAUGAUCAGUUGUGGUUGCAUUCGUGAAUCGGGACAUGUUAGGGAUAAUUGUUUUGAACAUUUUAGCUAUGGGUGCUGUCAUCCAAGCUAUUGCAUUAGUUGAUGUUCCAGAAGCUCAAAAGAUUGGAUUUUCUCACGUCCAGCAAUGAAAUUUGAAUAUUGCAGUCUACGAUUAUACAA